AAAGCUUCAUAUUUUCUCUUUUUUUUUCCCCCAGGAGUGUAUAUGAUCUUUUUUCCCCCUCAUAACACAUGGUCAUUCUGGGGUAGAGGGGUGCCAAUACAUCUGCAGAUCUCAUAUCUCACUGAAGUGCAUGGACACACUCCUAGAGGAUGUUUGCUGGAUCCUGGGACUGUUUCCUUAUUUAGCUUUUUGAAUAGUGCAUGUAGGUGGACCUGAUGGAGGAGUGAAGCUCAUAUCUGCCUGAUCUGCUUCAGCGGAAGUGACUCUGCGCGCGUGCUGAGCUGCGCUGCGCGUGAGCAUGAGGAUGUUCUGAGUGCUGUUCUGGGAUGUUCCUGUGCGUGCGUGUGUGUGUGCGUGUGUGUGUGUCCUGAUCGUCCAGAACUCUGUAAAACUGUGCGUUCGGAGGGUUUCGACGUCACCGUGCGGGAAUAUUACCUCGAACCCGCCCCCAGGUGGUCCUGAGCGCGAGCUCGGUGCGGGGACACAGAGGCUUCAUGCGGAAGUGAUGCUGAUUUCUCCUCUUCUCUUCUCUUCUCUUCUCUUCUGAAUCUGGACUCGGUUGAAGGUUAAAAGGCGUGAGAGCACCGCAAGGUGUGUGUGAGGUGUCUGUGAUGAUGGACAGGUGAGAGAGCUGCACAUUUCCUGUCUGAUCAGUGAUGGAGAGAAUGUGAUCCACUUUCUUCACACCUGGAGAAGAACGCUAAAAGAUCAUGGGGAAUUCAUACGCAGGACAGCUGAAGUCGUCUCGCUUCGAGGAGGCGUUGCACAACUCCAUCGAGGCGUCGCUGCGCUCCAGCACCGGAGAUCCUCAGCCCAUCUUCACACAGCUGUACCUGGAGCCGGAUCAGUUCACGCCCAACCUGGAGGACAUUAAGUCGAAGAUGGACUUGAGCCUCAGGUCCGAUGCCGGUGCUCACGUCCUGAUGAACUGCCAGUCGUCCAGCGGCAUCGACGACAUGGACGACGACGACGAAUCAGACAGCAGCAGCCCUCCGCUUCCCUACCUGCAGGCUCCGCCCCCUGACGGCUGCUGCACCAUGGACGGAUUCUGCCAGGCGGGGAAGGACCUCCGCCUGGUUUCCAUGGCGACGGAGCCCAUCGACGUCCCGGCCGGGUUCGAGCUGGUGGGCGCGAAAUCUCCCAGCAUUCCUGAGCACAUCCUGGUGUGUGCCGUGGACAAGCGCUUCCUGCCGGACGAGAACGGGAAGAACGCACUUUUAGGGUUUUCGGGGAGCUGCGUGGGCUGUGGUGAGAAAGGUUUUCGUUACUUCACCGAAUUUUCCAACCACAUCAACCUGAAGCUGAGCACGCAGCCCAAAAAGCAGAAGCACUUAAAGUACCACCUGGUGAAGAACUCGCAGGGGGCGCUGUGUAAAGGCACACUCAUCUGCUGGAAAGACUGUAAGACGAGGCAGUUCUCCAGCGUGUCUUCAUCCAAACCCAGCUCAUCAUCCUCACUGAGCAGCAAAGAGAACGGAGGAGCCAACAGCCACAGUCCAUCCUCCUUCUCACUCUCAGAUUCUCCUCCAGCACGAGGACAGUCCAGUUCGUCUCCAGGAAUUUUCGGGACUCCAGAAGUCACUCGCGAAUGCAGCUUCCUGAAACCUCAGAGCACCACGACACACACCACUAAACCUUUACCUAUAGUACCCACCGCUCUGCGUGUUAACAGCCUGACGAAUGGUUUAAGCGUGGAAAGCCGGCCCACUCUGCUAAGCCCCAGCCAUACAAACCCACUGGCCACGCCCACACACGGCUACCGGCCAAUCAAACAAGGGGACAGUCCAGCAUCCUCUGCCAUGGCAUCGGGACCUCCAAAAAAGCGUCACCGUAGCUGGCACCCUCCUGCCGCGAUGCCCGUCGCUGCCACUGCGGUUCCGGUGCCGGCCAUCCGCCCGCUGCCCUGCGGUACAGUCCCAGGUUCGCUGCUCUCCCUGACCAAUCAGGCGUCUCUGUCAGCGUCAGGUGUCAUACAGCCUCAGCCAAUCACAGCGGGAGAAACUGUGAUCGUCCCCGAUAACCUGCUGAACACCUGCGGGGUUCGACCCAUCAUCCUCAUCGGUCAAGGCGCUCUGCCGUACUUCUUCGGGAAUGUGUGUGACGUGGUGGUGAGCCCCCUGCUGGCCAGCUGCUACAACUACAGCCAGCUGAGUGAGAAGAGCCUGGUAACGCUGGGAGUGUCGCCGAGCCAAAUCCCCACCGCCGAGACACUCAUCCUGCUCACACUGCAGUACCUCGCACGCCUCGGUUCGGAGCAGAUCCCCAUGCGUGAGGAGUUUGAGCAGAUCGUGCUGAAGGCCGCAGUGUGUGGCGCUGCCGUUCCUCCCAUCACCGCCGUGCAGCUGCCGUGGCUGGCGCGAGUCGAGGCGAGUGUGUCGGGUGGAAGCGUUCAGGUUCUGCUUGCUCAGAGCUCUCUGGGUGAGGGAAUCGCCGAGACACUGCGCUCUCUCAGCGAAAACACACACCUGCAACAGCAACAAACGCAACGGCUGCCCAACUACGUCCUGAUCAUCCACACGUCCGCCACCGCCGGAGCCUCCGAGUUCUGCGUCAUGGUGCUGGGUAAAUACCAGUCGAGGGCGCUGGCCGAGGGAAUGCUCACCACCAGCGAGUUUUUAAAGGAGAUCAGCUAUGAGCUCAUCACGGGGAAAGUUUCCGUCCUGGCUUCACACUUCAACAACACAUCGCUAGGGGAUAAUCUGGAGAAGGAGUUGUUGCGGUAUCAGCGGAGGAGGAAGCAGCAGGCUGAUCUCAGUGACUCCGUUCACUCACAGGAAGAAGCAGACAUGAAAGUUGACACAGGGACAGAGCCUCUGAGUGAGGUGUUUCAGAUUUACCCCCCGCAGCUGACCGUGGCUCGGAGUCUCCUCUCUCUGGUGUGUGGCAUCGCCGACUCGAACAGCCAGAACCUCGACCUCGGUCGAUUCUGCAAGGUCGACUUCCUGGUGCUGGUGCCUCCAUCAAACGUCCUCCUUCAUCAGACAGCCAGACGCAUCCGCCAGUCAGGUGUGCUGGUGGAUCUGGGGAUGGAAGACGCCUCCUCGGCCCAACAAAAGGCAGAUAAGUAUGUAGUACGUCUGGACAAUGAGGUCCACACCAAAAUGGAGGCGUUCAUGAGGAAGGUGAAACAGAACCCUUACACACUCUUCGUCCUCAUCCACGAUAACUCGCACGUCGACCUGACCAGUGCGAUGUCUGGCUCCGUCUCUCACGGUGAUCUUCAGGGAUUGGCUGAUCGUGUUGUGAACUCGCAGGAGGUUUUAGAUGCUGAGAAUCUGCUGCUUCUUCAGGUCACGUCCUUCCCGUUCACGCUGCAGUCGUGCCACUCGCGCAUCAGCAUCCACAACGAAGUGCACUGGCCCAGCAACCACGGCCCGCAGGGGGCGCUCUCACCGAAGGACCUGGUGUAUUUUGGGCUGAAGGAGUACCAGCGGUCGGUGCAGUGGGGUGUGUCCAGUCCCAUCCUGCGCUGUGACGAUGCUUUCGAGAGGAUGGUCAACGCCCUGCUCCAGCGUCACCCUCAUCUGCACAGCAUGGUGAUCCGGAGCUACCUGCUGAUCCAGCAGUACACCGAGGCCAUGAUGGCGCUGACGGCGUGUCCGGCACUGCGGGAUCACGUCACUCCGCAGACGCUGGCCAUGGUGGAGGGCGUGAUGAGCAGCACGGGGCGGGGCGGCAGGGGGCACAUGCUGCUGGUACGCGUGCCCUCACUGCAGCUGGCGCGGCUCGCACGGGAGCGGCUGGAAGAGGCGCAGCACAAACUGGGGCUGGAGCGGAGGUUCGCCGUGGUGCUGGGAGGACCGACGAACGAGAUCAGCCUCGCACCGCACUUCUGCACACAGCUCAGGGCGUGGAGACAGUGUGGAGCUGAAGACUGGGUUCCUGUCACCUAUGAGGAUCUGGAAGAUUUACCCUGCAUCGUCAUUCUCACUGGGAAAGACCCUUUGGGGGAAACAUUCCCCAGGUCUCUGAAGUACUGCGACCUGCGACUCAUCGACUCCAGCUUUCUGACCCGCACAGCUCUAGAGCAGGAAGUAGGCGUGGCCUGCUCCUACGUCACACGUGGCGUAAUUCCUGACACCAUGGCAACAGCAGACAAAGGGGCAGGGCUGAAGGAGGAAGAGGAGGACGAGCUAGAGAGAAGCGGUGGAGGAAUAACGGAGUCUGAGGAACUGCAGCUGGACCUGGACAGACCACCGAGUAAUGGCAGUGCCGCAACCCGAGCCUCCGGCUCCCUUGCAGAAAAUGGCGUCAGCUCCUCGGUGGUUCCUGACUCCUCCCACAAAUCCUGUUCUGUCUCCUCCUCCCACCCGGAAAUGGCCAAUAGCAGCUCUUUUAACUCCUCUCCUAAUCAUAUCAAGCAGGAGUGUGACUCCCAGUGCCCUGGGUCUUCUUCCUCAUCCUUAUCUUCUUCCUCUUCCUCAUCCUCUUCCUCGUCCACCUCUCCCGGUUCCCAUCGGCCGAGCCAGUCCACUCAGACGUCCUCUGCGGGGAGUAAAUCAGCGCCUCGCGUCUUCGGCCGCACAGUGGUUCUGUCCCGUGCUGCGUAUCGCCUCCUCACCCCCGACUCGGCGGAUCAGCCCAGCUCGGCUUGGCUCCUCCCCCACGGAGACGUGGAGUGGAUCGGUGCACUCCGGCCCCCCGUCCCACAGCAGAGUGACGCCCCUGAGCAGUCGCUCUAUUACCGCCAGUGGACGAAGGCGCGGCCACAGCACGCCGAUUACAGUGCUGCAGGCUCCGCCCACCCGAGGAGGCUCCUACUGAGUGGACCACCACAGGUGGGUAAAACUGGUGCAUACCUGCAGUUUUUGCGGAUUUUGUUUCGGAUGUUGAUUCGUCUGUUGGAGGUGGAUGUUUAUGAUGAGGAAGAGCUGGAGGAAGAUGUUGCUACUGAAGAUGCCAAUGCGCCCGUGUCCAGCGGCCCACCCUGGCCUGACCUGGAGGAGAUGCAGAAGAUGACCUUUGACCUUAACCCUCGUGACCCCAAGUUUAAGCAGUGCAGCAUGGUGUAUUCAGGCAGGAAUCCGCCGGGAUUAAAUGGACUGAAGCAAGAGGAGUAUGAUGAGAGUGGUGAGAGGAAGAGGAAGACGGUCUCUAUCAGGCUCAGCAUGUUCGCAGCCCAUAAUGCAUUUCACCACUGCGAGCAGUGUCAUCAUUACAGCGAGCCCGGCCCUGCUCGUCCGCUGUCCGACUGCACCUUCCACGCCUUCUCAUUCUGCUCGUCUAUGCUUGGUGAGGAGGUGCAGCUCCACUUCAUCAUCCCGAAGAACAAAGAGCACCACUUCGUCUUCAGCCAGCAGGGACGCCAGCUGGAGAGCAUGAGGCUUCCUCUCCUCUCUGACCAGGAUGGUGUAAAGAGUACGAUCUUCACCCCCACCACGGGCCGGCAGGACCUGGGUCUGCUAAACCUCCACCACGCCCUGGAGGGGGCACCGCACCUCCACAUCCUGGUGGUCAAGCAGCAUGAGAUGGCACUGUACAGGAAGUUCUGGCCCAACCAUGUCCUGCUGGUGCUACCCUCCAUCUUCAACAACUCCGGAGUGGGAGCGGCUCGUUUCAUGAUUAAAGAGCUGUCAUAUCACAACCUGGAGCUGGAGAGGAACAGGCAGGAGGAGCAGGGUGUUCAGAGGCAGGACGUCUGGCCCUUCAUCCUCAUCAUGGACGACUCGUGUGUGCUGUGGAACACCCACGUCCAGAACAGAGACGGCUCAGUGGAGGUGUGUAACGUAUCUCUGAAGAGUGUGUUGCUGCACAUGGAGGCGACUCCGUCACUCUCUCACUACGCCAUGUGUGGAUUGAGGACCUGGAGCAGUAAAACCUCCGUCUCGUCUCUCGGCACCGCGUUCAGCCGCUGUCAUCUUCACGACUUCAUCCUGCUCAACGUGGACCCCACGCAAAACGUCCAGUACGACCUCAACCGCUACACAUGUGAGGAGGUGGACUUUAACCUGAGGGUGAACAGCAGCGGACUCUUGCUGUGUCGCUUCAAUCGUUUCAGCAUCAUGAAGAAACACAUCCCAACUGGUGGCCAAAAACACACACCCAUCAAACCCAAACUAACGGCGAUGGAGUCUCCGUCCCCGGUGUCCAGCUCGCAGUUUGUGUGUGCGCCGGACAGUGUGUGUCCGAUGUUGGACGUUCCAGCUCAGCUCCUGCUCGAGAGAUUCCUGCAGCACUGCAGCACACACCUGUUUCCUCACGCGCUACACAGCUACACACACCCCGUACUCGCCAUCGACACCUACCUCGACCUCGGGCCUCAGUUGGUAGUGUGUUACAUGAGCUCCAGGCCUCACUCGGUGAACCUGGACCACAGUGGUGUGGUGUUCAGCGGGCUGCUCCUCUACCUGUGCGACUCCUUCGUGGUUUCCGGCUUCCUGAAGAAAUUCCGCUUCCUGAAAGGUGCGACGCUGUGUGUGGUCUCGCAGGACCGCAGCUCUCUGCGCCAGACGAUCGUGAGAUUGGAGCUGGAGGACGAGUGGCAGUUCCGCCUACGAGACGAGUUCCAGACGGCCAACUGCAGCGAGGACCGGCCGCUUUACUUCCUCACGGGACGCCACAUUUAACAACCAGAAGAAAAGUUCCUCUUCAUCCUGAAGCGUCGACUCGAAAGCUAGCAGAGGUGUGUGAAUACGCAUCGUGCGUAACGAGACGUGUGUUGAUGGAUGGAGGAGAUCCUUAUCCUUAACUGUGAAGCUUGUACUCGGCGGCUCUCGCCGUGUUUUCGGUGGAGAAAGGACUCGCUCGGACACGCCGAGGGCGCCAGAGAAGACGAUUGUAAACUGGGCUCCAUUUUGGGAUCCCACCUGCGUACCUCAUGGACGUAGGCUUCAUCUCAGGGUUUUUUUUGUCAUGAGGCAAAAAAAAAAAGACUUUCAUACUACUGCUUUCAUUUCUCUCUCUCUCUCUCUCUCAAUAUAUAUAGAGAUAUAUAUAUAUAGUGUAUUGCUCACCAAAGUCUUGCUAACCUACCAAGGACACUUAACCCCAAAGAUCCAGAAGUUUGCCUACCAAAACCUGUAAGAUGUACUGCACGGAUACGAGCACAAUCCUCUCCUCAUAGCUGGAUGCAAAUCAUGAUAAUUUCACACUCAUUUCCAUACUGAGCUAGCCGCUAAGCUACUGAACUGCUAGCCUGCUCUGAGUAGCAUUUGUGUGUCUUGAUUGAAUUAUUUCUCCACUGUGACUUUAUCAGGUGUGUUUUCUCACAUCAGCCAAUCACAGGAUGUCAUUUUAACUCAAGCACAAAUCAGCACAUGUUUUUUUUUUUUUUUUUGCUAAUGCCAAAAAUCUGUUUUCUUCGUGCCUUUAAAAAUGUGGCAUCAGUCAGCACCUGAAGAAUCCAUUAUCCCGAACUUGCUUAGGAAAGAGAAUGUGAUAACGUAGUGGUUAUGAAGGACUAGCUAAUCGGAGUGAGCGGUUAGCAUUGGAGAUAACACAAAUUAGCUUUUCGCACAAAUCAGCGAAGUAACAAACGAAUAUUGCAGGUUACGUUGCUAGCUUUACCUCUUAUUUUGAGUUAAUCAGUGUAACGGACAUCAAGAAACCGUAAAGGAAUGUUGUAGAAUGUGAUAAAGAAUCAAUCCGGUGUAAAAAGUGACAGCUGUUCCACUGUUGCCAAGCUUGGAAACGUUGGGAUUGCACAUGGACGCUAAGCUGUAGCUGCCAGGACGGAGCUGAGAUCGUUUCCCCACGCCUCCGACACUAAGCACGUGAACUAGCAUUACGUUACAGCAUGUGAAGAAAUGUCACGCAGGCUUUGUGACGUUGUUAGCGUCUGGUGAAUAAGCAUGGCUUUUGGGGGGUUGGACAUUUUGGAUGUGGAGAAAAUCUUUAGAUUUUAUGGAAUGCUGAUAUUAAUAUAUUAAAUCUUUGUCGCUUUUGGGAAUCGAGCGUGUGGGUGAGAAUUCUCUUUUCUUUUCCAAGGCACAAAGAACCUACCUAAGAACCUGCUCUCCAGCAUUUAUUUAAAAAGAAAGAAACAGGUCCCGUUUUUGUGGGAUUGAUAUUUAUUUGUACGAGCUUCUUGGACUGAUGAUUAGCGUGCUCGCUAACGUGGAGGGAGUGCGAUCCUUAAAUCGAUCGUCCGAAGUUUUUGCACACGUCCAUAGAAUAUCGAAUAUUGAAGAGAAAAGGAUGUGAAGUUGCACUAUACACUUGGCUAAGGGCCAAAUAGUCAGUAGUCUUUUUCAUAGCGAACUGGUUUAAACCGGUUGUCUUACUUUGAAUGAAAUGUAUUAAGACCAGUAUUGAUUUUGAUGAAGAAAGAAAAGACGUUUUGAACAUCUUGCAUUGCGACGCCUAGAAUGUGUUUCAUUUGUACAUAAAAAGUGACGUGCACAUAAGUUAUGCAAUUUGCUUUUCACAAUCUUUGUUUUUUUUCUGAAACACUAUCUGCUGUGCGGACGUGAAGUCGUUCCGCACCGUUCCGAACAGUUUAUGAAUGUUUCCUCAUCUCUGUGCUCUACCUCAGGAUCUGCCGGUUUGGUUGUGGGUUUGAUAAUGUGACUUAUAAAUGAAAUGUGUUUUUUUUUGUUGCUGGAAUUUAUGAAUGUAAUAAUAAAGUGGCAUUGAUGAUAUUGA